AACGUACGUGGUGGCCACGAAUACGACCGAUAGAGAGGUUAGGCGUCGCGACGCUCCUCGGACCGGUACGGAGCGCCGCCGGGAGGGUGUAGUGGUGCGACCGUUUUAACCGGGAAAUGAAUUUUCAUUCGGUAAACACCGUAAUCAGCGAGUGAAAUCGUUUACUUUCUUCAAAUUUUAUUAAGAGUUUUCUUUUUAUUUUAACCAACAAUUGGAGAAAAUCGUCUAAAGAGAAAAAGAAAUUGUUGAAGUCUUUAAAGGCUUACCAAUGAGUUUACAUCGAACACCUACACUGACGUCAAACGCAUAGUAGUGGUAUUUUUGCAUGGGGGGCGAUGGGCAACGGGCCUGGUGAGGGGGGGCUCCGUCGUCGGAUGCCGCUGCGUCGGGGCGGUGGCGGCGGCUGCAAGGGCGGCAGCGGCGGCGGUACAGCGUCGAGCGCGGCAGCAGCCGCCGAAAUAGGAUCACGCGCGAUGCGCUACUACCGCCUCUGGAUAUACACAUGCAACACAGUCAUAUUAGCAGGAACACUAGCCUUCGUCGGCGCUGCCGUACAAAACGUCCUGCUUGAUUAUCGACGCACCCUGGUGCCGUCGUUGACGCUCUACCAGCCGAGCUUCCUCUACGCGUAUCUAGCCCUGGCAACCCAGGGCGGCGCCCUUCAGCUGCUCGGCUGCGUCGCCGCUAUACGCCUUUCCGAGCGACUGCUCAAUGCCUACUGGCUCCUGCUGCUAGUACUCCUCUUUGGUGAUAUAGUUAUAGGUGCAUUUUGGGCAUUCCGUUUUGAAAAAGUCUGCCAAGAAUUGAAACCAGCAUUAAAAGCCCGAUUUCAACAAGAAUACAUGCCCGGAAACGAACUAGCAACACUUUGGGAUCGUUUACAAACGGAAGACUCUUGCUGUGGCAUAACGGGUCCACAAGAUUACAGAAACGGUACCGAAAGGUGGGAAAUGCCAGCAAGUUGCUGCGCGGAAACGAAUCAAAACAGCACGAAGUGUCAGAGAACGCAUAUGAUAGGUUGCGAAGAACGUUUGGUGGCAUAUCUCCGAUCAACGGCAUCGAUCCUUACGAUCCUCGGCUAUUGCGUACUGGCCUUCCUCAAGCUGUGCUUCCUCGGGAUACUCCGAUACGAGAUCCGCGAGAUGAUCCAGAAAAUACGCAUUCUUAGAGCCGAAAUGGAUCUGACAGGCGUCAAUGGGGCCGUACCGGGAGCAGUUCGCGAACUUGGGCCCGAAAGUGAACGUGAGAGCCUCUUGGUACGGCCCGAGAGCGUGGCGCUGCUUUCAUCGCCGAUGACGCAGACGAAGAACCCGAACGGGAACAAUAAUUUCGAGAUGAGGGAGUUUCGAAGUCACGAGAACAUUUGACUAAAGUAUCGCCUGGAGGGUCUCUUCAAUCGCGGCCGGUGGGGUCGCGUUAAGAAGGGCCCCCUGGCCACCCCGCUGGAGGAAAUCUUCAACAAGAAGCGUCGACCCCGCGCGGCACCGUCACGAGACGAUCGCUGUUAAAGGGUACAACCCGAAGUGGUGAACACCGAGGGGCCCGCGGGGCGAACACGUAUCAUCAACAUCCCGCUUCUUAGUGCACCCCGCAGACAGCAACGACACCUUUAACAGAGGUUUCGAUGGAGAAGCGAUUAUUACGCCGUGGAAAUUUUUUGAUCGCGGUGCAGUAAGUGAUUGUUUUCUUUUAGUUUUUGAUUUUGUGAGAGGAGGAAGAGUUUGGACCCACGUUUAUAUGAGCUUACCUACUGAUAGUGCCUCGCCUUGUCGCCAGUUACCGAUCAAGUGCUCUAUCGACUUACUUUAUUUGGCCUACGGACCGGUCGCUGUCUGCACUCAUUCAUCUAACAAAAUCUAUUCAACUUCACACAAUCACGAGGUUAAUCUUAGAUAUAACUUUACAAUAACGUGAAAAAUAAACGACCAAUUAAAAAUAUUUCUUAUUCAUAAACUUUAAAAGCAUGCAACGAAUAUAAGUAACCCUAUUUUAGCUUUUUUUAUUAGUAUUCUCAAGGCCUAUUAAAGAAUUUUAAAUAUGGGGAUUUUUUCUGUAACACUAUUUUCGAAAUAAACACAAUAAAUAAGUAUUGACAGACCAAAAAGAAACUGUAAAGUUUUACUUAAGAUUGAUCUUUUUCACCAAGCAAUCUAAAUCUAUUUCAAAAACAAUUUCUCAACCGAUAAUCUAGGCGUAGAUUCUUUUAGGUGUAGGCGCCGUUAAGUUUACCGAAAUUCUAUUUAACCCCCCUGUCUCCAGGCCAGGGUAGAUGAUACUCAGAUAGCGCGGUUGUCGCCGUUUCAUUUUUAUAUCAGAAAUGAUCACUCAUAUUUUUAUAUUCGCCAAUUGAGACGUACCUAAAAAAAACAUGGUGCAUAAAUACUAUACGUAUAUGUAUAUAGGGUCGUUUAAAGCCUCGUGAUUCAAUCGAGUUAAAGCCAAAAGAGUAAUUCCUAAAAGAUAUUAAUCCUGACCAAUAUUAUUACGAAAAUUAAAAAGUACCUGGUGACUUAACAAAAUUUUACUCAAAAUUAAUUCUUUUAUACACAGGUGACUUAAAAAGAAUUAAACAUUUUAAUCACUCAGAAACACGAUUUUGCCAAAUAUUGCAUGUUAGAUAAUACAGAUAAAAAGGAACAAGUUAUUACUAGAAAAUACUAAAAUAAAGAUAGGUAGUAAAAUGUCCAGAAAGUUAAGAAAGUUUAAAUACCUUGUUCACUUCAACUGGUGUUCUUUUGAAAUCAGCUAAGAGUAGCUGAUUUCAAAAAGAAAGAUAAUUAACUGAAAGCUGAAAUGUUCGCUUGAUCUGGAAUUUGCGUUUAUCCCAGUUUCAUGAAAAAGCUUGGGUCAAAAGUCUUAUUUGGACCAUCAGCAGGUUGCCCAAGAUCAGGUUUCUAAUCCAAUUCGAACAGGUGGAAUUCUAACCCUAAAGUAACCCAACUCCAAAGAAAAGUAAUUCCAAAUAAGUCAAUUUAACUCAUUAGAAUUUAAGGUUGACAUGUAGUUGAUUUGAGCUGUUUUGGGUACCCAAUCUAAUUGCAAAAGAUUUAAGGCAACUCUAACAAACCCUCAAGCAUACUCACCUAAACAAAAAAUAACUAAAUCCAUCUAUAAAGCAACCAAAUUCAGUUUUUAAUUUGCACAAAUUGCUUAUUUUUGGUGUCUAAACUACUUGUUGGGUGGAAACCAUCAUACUUUAGCCGGAAGUGUUGGCAGAAGAAAAGUUUUCCCUGAACUGUCCAUCGAGGUAUUUCAUCAAGAUAUCUCCGUUCUGUAUGGUGACUUCUUCUCUAUGGACUCUUUUCCCUGGUGUUUUGAGAAUUAUAUUCUCCUCGCAAGUGGCUCAACACAAAAGUAGAACAAACAUCCCUGAUCAUUAGAAAUGUCAUUCGAUCGAGAGAGGAAAGGAACUAACCUGUUUACAAAAACAGUUAGAUGACUAAAAAGCUGAAAUGCUUUGCUGCCAUUAUCCAGAUUUUGUGCCCUUGAUACAUUUUUUGAAGGCCUUCGACAAAAACCUUGAAUGUCCAGUUACCAGCACCAAGUGUUCCCAAUCUUACCUGUUUUCCUAAGGGAUUUUGGUUUGCAUUGGUGUUUGCCUUCUUCUAGAAAGUUGCAUACAAAAAGUUAUAGCCAAGAUCGCACCAUCUAGAAUUUGCAUUUGUUGCUACUUUCUUUAAUAAGGAUUAACUUAAUCAAAUCUUCGCAUGGUUUCAACGCCCCCUCUGAGGUUCAUAACCUUUGUGGUUUUCUUGAAAAAGAUUUUUGUUGCUUUUUGAAAAAGGUUAGUUCGCUUCAUCUGGAGUUUGCGUUUAUCCUGGUUUCUUGAAAAACCUUAGCUUAACAAUAAGCUCACAUGCCUUGUUUACAUCAUCAGAAGUUUGUUGAUCAUCAAGAGUUGAUUUCUUGAAAAAAGAAAGUUGGAUGGCCGAAAAGCUGACAUCCCUUGCUGUCAUUAUCCAGAUUUUGUGCCCUUGAUUCAUGUUUUGAAGACAGUUCGUUCAACAAAAAGCUCGAAUGUCUAAAAAACGAAUGUCUUGAACGCUUAGUUUGCAUUGGUAUUUGCGUUAUCCUUCCUAGUUGCAUAAGUAAGGUUAUUUCAACGAGAAAUAUGCUCAUCCAGGUGUUGUAUGUAUAGCAGAUAUAGCGGAAAAGGCAGAGCUAAAGAUUGUUCCAUCUGGAUUUUGCAUUUGUUGCUAUUUUCUUUAAAAACGAUUAACUUAAUCAAAUCUUCGAAUGGUUUCAACCCUCUUAAGUUCGUAACCUUUGUUGUUUUCUUGAUAAAGAUUUUUGCUGCUUGUUAGAAAACGAUUACUUCAAGGAAAUGAUGUUUCUGCCUUUUGCUGCUUUAAAAAAAAAUUAGAUCAACGAAACCCUGAAUACCUUGUUUACACCGUUUGGAAUUUGCGUUCGAACCUCGAAUCCCUCACUCACUCACUCAGCAUCUUGUUUUUGUUCAACAGAGUCUGAAAUGUUCGCUUCAUCUGGAGUUUGCGUUUAUCCUGGUUUCUUGAAAAACCUUAGCUCAACAAUAAGCUCACAUGCCUUAUUUACACCAUAUAAAAUUUAUUGAUCAUCAAGAGUUGAUUUCUUGAAAAAAGAAAGUUGGAUGACCGAAAAGCUGAUAUCCAGAUUUUGUGCCCUUGAUUCAUGUUUUGAAGACGGUUCGUUCAACAAAAAGCUCGAAUGUCUAAAAAACGAAUGUCUUGAACGCUUAGUUUGCAUUGGUAUUUGCGUUCUUCUUGCUAGUUGCAUAAGAAAAGUUAUUUUAAAAUUCACCCAAUCCAGGUGUUGUCUGUAUAGCAGAUAUUGCGGAAAAGACUAACCCAAAGAUUGUACCAUCUGGAUUUUGCAUUUGUUGCUAUUUUCUUUAAAAAGGGUUAACUUAAUCCAAUCUUCGAAUGGUUUCAACGCCCCCUCUGAGGUUCAUAACCUUUGUUGUUUCCUUGAAAAAGAUUUUUGCUGCUUUAAAAAAAAAUAGCUCAACGAACCCCGAAUGCCUUGUUUGCAACGUUUGGAAUUUGCGUUUGAACCUCGAAUCCCUCACUCACAGCAUCUUAUUUUUGUUCAACAGAAUCUGAAAUGUUCGGUUCAUCUGGAAUUUGCAGUUAUCCUGGUUACUUGAAAAAGCUUAGCUUAACAAUAAAUUCUAAUGUCUUAUUUGCACCAUCAGCAGUUUGCACAAGAGUUAGUUUCUUGAAAAAAAGGUUAGAUGACGAAAAGGUUUGUAGCCAUUAUUCAGAUUUUGUACGACCAGUUCGAAUGUGUACUUAUCACCAUCAGGUAUUCCCAUUGUUACCUGGUUUUGUUGAAAGAAGCUGAAUUAAUGCUUGCUUUGCAUUGAUAUAUGCCAGUCCUGGCCAAUAGAGCGUACUUCGAGAGAAAGAUUUUGAGGAGAAUAUUUGGGCCUGCUCGGGAGGAGGAUGGAUCUUCUUGAAAAAUGCGGGGAGUGAGACCGAGGGGACGGUCGGGAGUAGGAGUUGGAAGAGAGAGACCAGGGACAAUAUAUGCGAUAUUCUUGCUAGUUGCAUAAGAAAGGUUUCAACGAGAAUUUGUUCGCCCAUCUGGUAUCUGGCACCAUUCAGAAUUUGCAUUUAUUGUUACUCUCUUAACAAAGAGUUAACUUAAUCAAAUCUUCCUAAUCUUCUUUUUAGCUCCGUCUAAGGCUCAUAACCUUUGUUGUUUUCUUGAAAAAGAUAUUUGCUGUUUCUUUGAAGAAGGAAAUGAUGGAAAGCCUUGUACAUACCAUCUGCAGUUUCUGCCUUUUGCUGGAUUUUCAAAAAAUAUUCCUGAAUGCCUUGUUUGUACCAUUUGAAAUUUGCGUUUUCUUUUUGCUAGUUAAUGAAAACCACGACACCCUCGUUCACACCAUCUUGUUUUUGUUCAACACAAAGCUAAAAUGCUUUGCUCAGACAAUUUGGAACACGAUGGUUUCUUAAAGAAAGCUUGUUGUUAAACAAAAUGUUCUGAAAUUUGUGACUUUUUGUUGAUUCCUUCUUUCUGGCAAAAAAGGAUGUAUCGAUGCCUUGUUGCUGUAAUCUACAAGAAUCCUAUUGUCAGUGCUUAGCAGGAUUCCUGCUUAAGUAUGUUGGAUUGAACUCCAUCUGCACAUCCCCAAACGGCUUCUGGGUGUCUAAUUAUUGGGUUGGCUUAACUUUUCUAUCAUUAUGUAAGCAAAUUUUGAGCAAACUACAAUUAUAGACUCAGAUCCUAGCAAUUUUUGUUAACUUUCUAAAUAAACGGCUCCAGGUGUGUAAACGGUAGCCAUUCUUGUUUGUUUUUCAUAAUUUGUUCUUAAAGUAUUGAAAUUCAUUACUGUUGUAGAAGUGGUGCAAAAAUCGUCAAUACACAAAAUAUCUCACAAUUUGGAUCUCAACCUAUUCAAGUUGAGAGCGGAUCUAUAGACGACUAUGAGUCAUUAGUAAUGGUAUUGUACAGCCAAAAUGCCAUACAUGGUUGUUAAUUGAUAAAUUAUUUAAUACACAUUUUUUUACUCAUUUGCUAAUAACAAUUUAGGCAUUCAUUUAUGGUGUAGCAAACGAUUUCUUUGCUUCAAAAUUGCUUUCUAUUUUUUUUAACUCAUCCUGUGUACAAUGUGUAAAUAAUACUCAUAAUAAUAACAUAAUAAUAGUAACAGAUUGUGUCACGAGUGCAAACUCCCCGCAUAAAUAGAGAUACGAGAGCAAAAAAAGGGUGUGAACAUACUUGUAAAUAAAACUUGUAUUUUAUAUAAUACAAUCGCUCAAUCAGUAGAUACACCUAUUGUAUAAAAAAAAAUUAUACUUACGAAAAGAAAUAAAUAAAAGUGG